UAAAACCCGAAGCCCCCAGCCGGAGCCAGCCAUGGCGUCCGCGUCAGCCACGGCCACCCUCCUCCACCCCAAACCCCCGCAAUCCCCUCGCCUCCUCCGCCUCAACCCCCACUACUCCGGUCUCCGCCUCGUCCAUCCCCUCCUCCUCAUCACCACCGUCUCCCCGUCCCGCCUCGGGCCGGCACCUCUCGCCACCCCAGGACGCAGGCGCACCUCCGCCAAAAUCCAUGCCUCCGCCGCCGCUUCCUUCCCGGCCUCUCCGACCCCGCCUCCGCGCCCACCGCGAACGGAACCGCCGGAGGAACCCUCUACCGUGGCCCGCGCUGGCCGCAGCAAGAAGCACAGGAAACCGUCGGGGGGCCGCAUCGAGGGCAGCGGCGACGUGCGGCGGGAGGCCAAGUCCCGCGCCCGCAUCCGCAGCCGCCGCAUGGCCGAGAACGCCUUCUACCGGCGCAAGCGGCGCGCCGCCAAGGAGAACCAGGCCGACGCCUUCACCGACGCCGAGCUCGAGAUGAUCGGCCUCGGGUACGACCGGUCCGUCCGCUUCAUGGACGGGCCCGAUGACCCGCGCCUCCGCCAUCCUCACGACUGGUACAGGUUCGGCCGCUACGGGCCUUACUCCUGGCGCGGCAUCGUCGUCGGCCCGCCCAUUCGCGGCCGCUUCUCCGACGACCGCGUCUCCCUCAUGUCCGAGGUCUCCGACCACGACGAGUGGGACCGCGUCGAGCAGUUCGACAUGUCCAACCAGUUCUCCAACCGCCUCAACGAGCUCGACGCCGCCGUCGGGUUCCGGUACUACUGGGUCUUCGUGCGACAUCCAAGGUGGCGCCCCAGCGAGCUUCCCUGGGAGCAGUGGACGCUCUCCGCUGAGGUCGCCGUCCAGGCCAGCAAGGAGGAGCGGCUCGACAAGUGGAGCCUCAUGGGGCGGUUUGGCAACCCAACGCGCGAGCUGAUCACGCGGUGCGCGGCCUGGACUCGCCCGGACAUCAUAUAUGUCAAACGGCCGUUGUACCAGUCGCGGUUCGAGCCGCAGAAGGAUUUCUACAGCCAGCUCCGCCCAUUGGUUGAUCCCGCGACGGAGAACCAGUUCUUGUUCGAUCUCGAGCACGAUGGCCAGGUCAUUCGCACCACCUACUUCGGUGGACUCUGCCGGAUCGUGAAGGCGAGCCCAAAGGCCUAUGUGGAUGAUGUUGUGAAUGCGUACUCGAAGCUGAGCGACGCCGACAAAAACCGGUGCUUGGAGUUCCUGCUCACGAACCAUCCCAUGGAGCUGCUCCAUCCAUACACCAAGGAAUGGAAGGUCAAGCUGGAGGAGAUGGAGCUUGGAUGUGAUGCGCCAGAUGAUAAUGAGAGUGACAAUGAGGGUGGAGAUGACAGUGAAACUGAGGUUGUUGAUUGGGUUGAGGAUGAUGGGUUUGAUGAGGAUGGUGGUAUUGCUGAUGAAGAACCCGGUGAUGACGAUGAGGAAGUAAUUGAUGUCGGUGAAGAGGUAGAAACAGAAGAAGUGGAAAGUGAUGAGGAGAGUGAGAAGUACUGGGAUGAGCAAUGGAAGCAGGCGAUGACAAGUUCGGAUAAAAUGGAGAAAUUGGUCAAGACAAGCAUCGAGGCGUCAAAUGAAUAUAAUAGGCGACAGGCGGAGCAGGAGAAAGAGAUGGAGUGGAAAAUGGCGCGUUUAAACACAAUGGUUAUGGAACAGGAGCAGACCGAGGAUGAGGAUGAGCAGCAGGAGAGUUCAAAGAGCAGAGGUGCGAAUGAGAAGGGGAAGAAGGGUAAGGCACCUCCUGGGAGCUUUCUGAGGGCUGCUGUCCGGCCCUUCACCUACAGGAAUCUUGUGAAAGAAAUUGUUCUGAUGAGGCAUUUCAUUGUGGACGGUGAGAUAGUUUAGUUUCGAAAUGCUAGAUUGCUAGGAUGCUAUACAUUUGAGUUAGCCAUUUUCACUAGAUAAAUGUAGAGAGAUGGAGAUAAAUGUAGAGAGAUGGCAUAAACAGGUGUCUGGAAUUACUCGAUUGUGUACAAUUAACGUAUUUUGUUGUUUUGUCAAUUUUGAGUUGUUCUUGGGGAAUAGUCACUUAGUCGCGGUGUGAUCCUUCAUGUGUGGAAAUUUCAAUGGGUUUUGGAUAAUAGA